AUGACAAAUGACUUGGUGUCUAUAGAAAAGGUAGUAAAAGUUUAUGAGAGAUCCGGAUCAGAAGAAGAAUUCAAUAUUACAAAGGAACAAGAGGAAAAAGAGAAAAUAAAAAUCAAUAAAGAAAGGUCAUUAUGCGUUGCCUCAAAAAGAUUCGACAAUCCAAAGAAAGAAACCAUUCAAGAAGUCACAGUCUGUAAAUCAAAUGUAAACAGUGAGCAAUGUGAUCAAUUGCAUCAAAAUAAACAACAAAGUGUGAUGCAAAAUACAACUCAAAGUAGUAGCCUUACAUCAAAACGCAUUAUCACGUUUAAUACAAUUUACAUACAAUUUGAUUGGUUGUAA